AUGGAUAUUACAAGAGAAAAUUAGCAAACGCAUGUCAUAUUAAUAAUCAAAGAAAUUGUAUUUGUAAUAAUAAAAUUAAAUAGAUUCGAAAUCUAUAAAACGGGCAUUGAUUUUCUUUCUUUAAAUUUGAAGCGCUAACGAAAAAAAAAAUGUCUACUGCUAGGUUGCCUUGUUAUUAUAUUUCUCAUGGAGGUCCAUCAAUAUUGAUUGAGGAAGAGGAUAUAACCCAUCAAUGGCUUAAACGAUGGGGAAAAUUAAUUAUCGAAGAAAUUAGGCCAAAAGCUAUAGCCGUCAUUUCCGCUCACUGGGAAACAACCAACAUCAAAGUAACGAAUUUUUCAAACAAAACACCAAUUAUAUAUGAUUUCUACGGAUUCCCACAAAUACUCUAUCAACAAACAUAUGAUUGCAAAGGUUCUCCAGAAGUAGCAAAGAAAGCUGUUGAGUUAUUAACUCAGGCUGGAUUCGAAGUGGAAUUGAAUGAUAAGAGAGGAUUCGACCAUGGUUGUUGGAUACCAAUGAAAAUAGCAAUCCCUGAACCUGGUGAUUUGCCUAUUAUACAAAUAUCUCUUACUCGUAAAGCAUCCUAUGAAUAUAAUAUUAAAGUUGGUCACGUAUUGGCUUCUCUUAGAGAUGAAGGAGUUCUUAUUGUCGGUUCAGGAAGCUUGGUUCAUAACUUAAAAGAAACAUUCUCUGCAUAUAACAAAGAAACGAAUACAUUUGAAGAUUAUGUGGCUUCGUACGUUGAACCAUUUGACAAGGAUAUCGAAGAAUUUUGUACAAAAUCCACUGGAAAAGAACGUGAUCAAAAAUUGAUUGAUCUAAUUAAUCAUCCUUUAUUAAGACAAGCUCAUCCAACAGACGACCAUUUAGUCCCUUUACAUAUUGCAGUAGGUGCUGCUGGGGAUGAACAAGGAACAAAAUUGCACACACAAUAUGUAGCUGGUUUAAGUAUGAGUGCUUUUGGUUUUGGUUCUGGUGCUAGCGUAAACCCAAACUUAUAGUUAUCUUAUUACAAUAAACGUGUUAAAAUGUAUGCCUCUCUGAAAUAAGAUUCAUUCGAAACUUUUUACACAAUAUUGCACGAUAUUAAAUUUUAAAUAUUUUAAAUAUAAACAAAAUGUAUUUUUAAUAUUAGGAAAUGAUAUUAGAUGACAAUAAAGAAAUGAUAAUUAAGUGAAAUAAUGUUGGCUAUAAGAACAUUAAAAAUGAUAUUAGCGAUGUGAAAUUUGCAGAAAUAAGUGCAAAAAUGAAAAAUGAAAAUAUUUUUUGUUCAAGUAAUAUGAGAUUAAUGAUUGUGAGAAAUUCUACAUAAAAUUAAUAAUACAAUAAAAAUUAUAAUAUAAAAAAAA